GAGGCACGGGUGCACCAGCGGGAGUUCCGGCAGGAGGCUCGUGCUUAGGGCCAGCGCCUGCACCAUGGCCUCAGCUGAGCUGGACUACACCAUCGAGAUCCCGGAUCAGCCUUGUUGGAGCCAGAGUGUGGAACGAGAGAACAGCCCCAGCCAAUGUAGGAAGGAGGCGGGGACUCGACAGCCUGUGGUGAUUCUCUUGGGCUGGGGUGGCUGCAGGGACAAGAACCUUGCCAAGUACAGCGCCAUCUACCAUAAAAGGGGCUGCAUUGUGAUCCGAUAUACAGCCCCAUGGCACAUGGUCUUCUUCUCUGAGUCCCUGGGCAUCCCUUCACUUCGUGUUUUGGCCCAGAAGCUGCUUGAGCUACUCUUUGAUUAUGAGAUUGAGAAGGAGCCCCUGCUUUUCCACGUCUUCAGCAAUGCUGGUGUCAUGCUGUACCGCUAUGUGCUGGAGCUCCUGCAGACCCAUCAGCGCUUCUGCCACUUGCGUGUGGUGGGCACCAUCUUUGACAGUGGUCCUGGUGAUAGCAACCUGGUAGGGGCUCUGCGGGCCCUGGCAACCAUCCUGGAGCACCGGCCUGCCAUACUGCGCCUGUUGCUCCUGGUGGCCUUUGCCCUAGUGGCAGUCCUAUUCCACGUCCUGCUUGCUCCACUCACAGCCCUCUUCCACACCCACUUCUAUGACAGGCUGCAGGACGCAGGCUCUCGCUGGCCUGAGCUCUACCUCUACUCAAGGGCUGAUGAGAUAGUCUUGGCCAGAGAUGUGGAACGCAUGGUGGAGGCACGCCUGGCACACCACAUCCUAGUGCGCUCUGUGGACUUUGUGUCAUCUGCACAUGUCAGCCAUCUCCGUGACUACCCUACAUACUACACAAGCCUCUGUGUCAACUUCAUGCGCAACUGUGUCCACUGCUGAUGACCUUGCUUCAUUUUACAUCUGUUCCAGAAAUAAAUGCCUAAUACCUCCCCACAA